GGUCCCUUUGAAGGUUCUUUCUACAACUGAAAUCUUGAAUUCCAAGGGAAAUCUUCUUCAUCAUCAUCAUCUUCUUCUUCUUCCCCCAAAAUGUGAACAAAAUUUUUGUAAUUGUAGCUGUCAUUGGUCAAUCAAUGGAUUCAAUCCAAAUCAUCAAUCCCUUCUUUUUCCAUUUCCUUCUUCUUUAUGCUCUACACGUUAUUCAAGGUCCUCCCUCACUCUAAACUCAAUUUUUUAACCCUAAAUCUCUGCCUUCUUACUUCUUCUUCUUCUACUUCCUCCAUUUUUACCUUUUUUUUUUUUUAGUUUUUUUUCCCCUCUGCCAGCUCUUUUUAGUGAGAAGUCAACCACAUACGACAAUCUAAAUCAUUAUUUCUCCGCACCCUUUGCGGGAUUCUUUCUCACAAUCAACUUUUUCUCUCAAUAUGAAUCCUUCCCACUUUUCUUCUUCCCUGAAUUCGCUUCAUGGAUGAAUGCAUUUCACUGAUCUUCAAACCAGCAUGGAACUGAAGAAAGGGAAAUUCGUCAGGUUUCACUCUAAUCUGGAGAAAAAUGAUGGGAAUAAGAGGCGUGUUGAGUUCCCAUUACCAGUUUUUAGAAUGGGGAAGAAAUUAGAGAAUGAAAGUAAAGUUAUGAACUCGGAUUCUUCAGGGAGGUCGAAGGUUUUUGUGGAGACUAAUGGGUUACAAGAACAGAAGAAUAAGAGGAUUCUUAAUCCUGAAAGUGAAAGGAUUCUGAGAUGGAAUAGGGUUUUUCUCUUCUCUUGUUUGACAGCUCUUUUCGUUGACCCAUUGUUCUUCUACCUUCCUUCAGUGAUUCAUCAUAACAGGUCAUCUUGUAUGACAACUGAUUUCAAUUUGGGAAUUGUUGUGACUGUUUUUCGCACUUUUGCCGAUGUUUUUUAUCUGUUGCAUAUGAUUUUGAAGUUCCGGAUUGCUUAUGUAUCACCAACUUCAAGAGUUUUUGGCAAAGGUGAACUUGUUACUGAUCCAAAGAAGAUUGCUAAACGCUAUUUGAAGUCAGAUUUCUGUAUAGAUCUCAUUGCUUCUCUGCCUCUUCCUCAGAUUAUGAUAUGGUUUAUCAUGCCAGCAAUUAGAAGCUCUCAUGCAGACCAUACAAACAAUACACUUGUGUUAAUUGUCCUGCUUCAGUAUAUUCCAAGAUUUUACCUGAUUUUCCCAUUAAGUUCCCACAUUAUCAAAACUACUGGUGUUGUCACAAAGACUGCUUGGGCUGGGGCUGCAUAUAACCUUAUAUUGUAUAUGCUAGCUAGUCAUAUCUUAGGAGCAGCAUGGUAUUUACUUUCUGUGGAGCGCCAUGCCAUGUGCUGGAAGUUCACCUGCAGGAGAGAAUUCAGUCCUAUGAAAUGCCUUCUUGACUAUCUGGAUUGUGGUACUUUAAAUGAUGUAGACCGCAGGAUAUGGGAAGUGAAUACUACCGUUUUUAGCCAAUGUUCUCCAGAUGAAGACGUCGUUUUCAAUUAUGGGAUAUUUGCCGAUGCGAUUGCAAAAGAUGUCAUCUCCUCCAGGUUCCUUCAGAAGUAUUUCUAUUGUUUAUGGUGGGGCUUACAGAACUUGAGUUCCUAUGGUCAGGGUUUGGAAACGAGUAUCUUCAUAGGAGAAACUUUAUUUGCUAUCCUCAUUGCUAUAAUGGGUUUGGUCUUGUUUGCGCAUUUGAUCGGAAACAUGCAGACCUAUUUGCAAUCCAUCACUGUGAGGCUGGAGGAGUGGAGGGUCAAGCGUCGAGACACUGAGGAAUGGAUGAAACAUCGACAGCUCCCUCAAGAUUUACAAGAACGUGUGAGGAGAUUUGUUCAAUAUAAGUGGCUUGCAACACGAGGAGUGGACGAAGAAUCGAUCUUACAAGGCCUUCCAACAGAUCUCCGUCGAGAUAUUCAGCGCCACUUGUGCCUCGACCUCGUUCGACGUGUUCCUUUUUUCGCACAGAUGGAUGAUCAGCUACUUGAUGCAAUUUGUGAGCGACUGGCAUCCUCUCUAUGUACACAACGUACUUACAUUGUUCGUGAAGGAGAUCCUGUUACUGAGAUGCUCUUUAUCAUUCGAGGAAUGCUCGAGAGUUCCACGACGGAUGGAGGACGGUCAGGUUUUUUCAAUUCGAUAACCUUAAGACCUGGGGAUUUUUGUGGAGAAGAGCUUCUCGCUUGGGCAUUGCUACCAAAAUCAUCAAUCAGCUUGCCAUCUUCUACUAGAACAGUCAGAGCAAUCACUGAAGUGGAAGCCUUUGCUCUGCGUGCAGAGGAUCUCAAAUUUGUGGCUAACCAGUUUCGACGACUUCAUAGCAAGAAGCUUCAGCAUACCUUCAGGUUUUACUCUUAUCACUGGAGAACCUGGGCUGCCUGCUUCAUUCAGGCAGCAUGGCGUCGCUUCAAAAGGCGAAUCAUAGCGAAGUCACUCAGCUUGCAGGAGUCUUUCUCGUUGACUCCCGAGAAGCCAGUGGCUGACGAAGCCGAACAAGAAGAGGAAGAACAUAAUACUCCACGCACCAAUUACUCUCAAGCAAAACAAAACCUCGGUGUCACCAUAUUGGCUUCGAGGUUUGCUGCAAACACACGUAGAGGAGCACAAAAGCUCAAGGAUGUCAACUUAUCCAAGCUGCGAAAGCCUGAUGAGCCAGACUUUUCUGAAGAACCAGACGAUUAACUUGUUGGAGGAGAGGGGAAAAAAAAAAAGAAAAAAAAAACAUUCUAGAAAAGCCUCAUCUUUGACUUUAAUAAGAUAUUCACUUGUAUAUUAUUUUUUUUUACCUUUCAUUCAUUCAUUUCUAACUUUAUAUUUUGAUAUUGGAACUCAACCAAUUCGGGUGGGCUUUCAAACAA